GAGAGACGGUGUCUCGUGCGUUCGAAAGGAAGAGCAACCGAGAGGACGAGCGAGCAAAGGCGAUUAAGGGGCGGCAAGAGAGGACUCGUCGUCGUCGUCGUCGUCGUCAUCGUCAUCAUCGUCGUCGUCGUCGUCGUCGUCGUCGUAGUGGCUGUGUCGAUCGACAGUAGCGUGAAGGCAGUCUGAGAGAGAAUGACUCGUUGCGUGCGUCAUUUCAGCGUGUCGUGGCAGGCCCUAGCGCUGACCCUGGUGCUGGCCAUACUCGCACCCUUCGCCGCGGCUUUAAACAAAAACGAUUUAUAUCCUUACGCGACACCUGGUUCUUCGAUCCUACAGUCAGACGUCAACGGAUAUCUUUUAUCCGCGGAGACAAUUCUCAAGACACCCAUUGCAUUUUACGACAAGAUUUUCAAUUCCAUAUUCGUAAACGGGAAUGGCGUGCUAUCCUUCGCCAGGGCGAUGCAAAGGUUUUUCAAUAUCGCGUUCCCGCUCGACGAUCCGGUUAUCGCGCCACUCUAUACACACGUCGACACUAGAGGCUCCGGAAGAGUAUAUUACGGCGAAACGAAUGCGCCGGAAGUUCUCGCUAGAGCUGGAGGGAUGGUUCGCAGCGCUUUCACGGACGUCGCAGAAUUCGUACCGACUCACGUAUUUCUCGUCACAUGGGUGGACGUUGGAUACUAUAAUGGAAAAAACGAUAAGGUAAACACGUAUCAAGUAGCUAUCAUAUCGAACAGUACGCAUUCCUACGUGGAAUUCUUAUAUCCGGAAAACGGUGUACAAUGGAUCCAAGGUGAAUCGCAUCCGAACGGUUUACCGGAUGCAAAGGCGCAAGCAGGAUUAAUGAGCGAAGGAAGAAUAUACACGUUGAAGGGUUCCGGGACGGAUCAGAUUCAAAAUAUCGACAAAUGGUCAAACGUGAACAGGCCUGGACAGUGGCUGUUCCAGGUUGGACCGAUCACCGACGACAGCGACGUGAAAGUUCCCGACAACAUCGAAGACAAUAGUGCCACGAAUCAGGUAGUCAACUGCAGAACAGGGGCAACGACUUGUCACAACAGGGCGACGUGUAUCGACUACGAGGUUGGCUUUUGCUGCCACUGCAAGCAAGGAUUCUUCGGCAAUGGGAAAUCCUGUCUGCCGAACGAUAUCCCAUUGCGUGUAAAUGGACGUGUUUCUGGGACUAUCAACGGCGUGGAAUUCCCUGCGAGAGAUCUUCAAUGCUACGUGCAACCAAAGGAUGGAAGAACAUACACGGCUUUGUCGAGAGUACCGGAGGAAAUUGGCGCCAGUUUUCAAUUGCUCGGCAAUCUAGGCAGUAUGAUUGGUUGGUUGUUCGCUAAAUCCAUCGGUGAAACGAAAAAUGGAUAUGAGCUUACAGGGGGCAUUUUCAAUCAUACGGCCGAAUUGACAUACUCAUCAACUGGCGACAAAUUGACCAUACGUAGCAGCUAUCUCGGACUGGAUGUGUUUGGUCAGCUAAAAGUGGAGGUGAAGAUCGAAGGUACGGUGCCGCAGUUGGCGAGGGACACAAGGGUUGACUACGGUGACUACGAUGAACUUUACACUAGAGCGCAAGCCGGCGUGAUCCGCGCGCGGAGCGAGAGAACUUGCAAACUGAACGAAGGUGGCGAAGAGCGAGAACUUGGUUUCAUUCAGGAUGAAACGAUUGUUUAUAACGAGUGCCCGUAUCUCAGCGUCGAACCCGAGGACGAUACGACCAGAUUGAAGUUCUACAGAGGAGUUACUACUUACGAGGCAACCGAGGGGAUUAUCCGUUUUGCGGUCAACACAAAAGUCGCGCCCCUCGAGGAAGAAGAUCCUUGUAUCCAGGGAAGGGAGACGUGCAGUGAGCAUAGUUCUUGCAUCAUUGACGGCGAUAGCUUCAAAUGUGUCUGUAAUCCUGGCUAUCAGUAUUUAUACGAAGAAGACGGAAGCGCAAUCUGCGUGGACGUAAACGAAUGUACCGCCGGAAACCACAUGUGCUCCCCUGACGCACAAUGCAUUAAUCAAGAAGGUAGUCAUUCGUGCCAGUGCAGACCUGGAUUCUCUGGAAAUGGUCGAAUUUGCGAAAGGCUUGCUUCUUGCGAGGAAACAAGAUGCGGGGAUUACGAGCAAUGCGUGAUGAUCGAUGGAAUGCCUAAUUGCAUCUGCUUGCCUGGCUUCGAGGAUACCGAGCAAGGUUGUUAUCUCGCAUCACAACGAGCCACCUGUGACGUCGAGGAUAACUGUUCACCCAAUGGUAUCUGCAGUUUCGACACCGAGAGGCAGAAACACGUGUGCAUUUGUUUACCAGGUUUCGUUGGUGAUGACUACACGUGCUAUCCGGACGCGGAUGUAACCACUGGGGGCGAACCGCCGAAACCGCAAUGCGUGGAGGAGAUGUGCUGGUGUCCAAGAGGCUGGGAGUAUCGGAAUAACGAAUGUACGCGGCAGGAAGAGACGACGACCAAAUCCGAUCGGGACUUAUCGGCACGUCCAGUUCCGGAAUGCUACGAAGACUACUGCAUAUGUCCUUGGGGACACAAUUACCAUCAUACGAAGGAGAUUUGUGUGCCUCGGAUUGGAUUCAACCACGAAACGAUGGGUCCAUCAGGAUUUCACUUGUCGUGCAACGUGGUGAACAGGUGUCAUCCCUAUGCCCAAUGUAUCUACGUGACAAGCACCGGAGACUACGAAUGUCGCUGCAAUCCCGGUUACGAGGGUGACGGUAUGGAAUGCGCAAAAACAGAGGUGUCCUGUUUGGAAGUGGACAUUUGCGACCCGAACGCCUCGUGUCAGCAAGAGGAGUCUCUAGCCAAGUGUGUCUGCAAUCCAGGAUAUGAAGGAGAUGGAACCACCUGCAGUCCUAUCGACGAAUGCAGCAGUACCAACGAUUGCUUGGAGAACGAACGAUGUUCGUAUAACCCGGUCAGCUCGCGGUACGAAUGCACGUGUAAUCCAGGAUUCAGUAUAGUGGACGGUCGCUGCGUAGUGUCCGACUGCUCGACCAAUCCAUCCCAGUGCCACGUGAACGCUCAGUGCGUGUCCACCGGCGAAGGUGGCUACAAGUGCGUCUGCAUCGAGGGAUACAACGGUGAUGGAAUUCGUCAAUGUGUCGAGGACCACAUCAGUUGCAACGUGCUGAAUAAUUGCGGCAGGAAUGCGGUCUGUGGCUACAAUCAAACCUCCACAAAUUUCGCCUGCAUCUGCCAGCCGGGCUAUUACGGCGAUGGUUACACGUGUUUGCCUCAGUCGUCAUGCAGACACGAUCCAACGAUCUGCUCACCAAACGCGACGUGCGUAGCGGCCGGAGAAAAUCAAUUCUCUUGCGUAUGCAACGAAGGUUUCACCGGAGAUGGAAUCAACUGCGAACCACGGCCGAAACACGAAGCCAACUUCCUGCUGGUGAAUCAAGGAAUGGCCACGCUGAGGAUUCCAUUCGCGCCGACGCAUGAGAAUUCCGGUAGCCCGAUUUACAUAGCGUACACACAAAUGGCUAUCGCGAUUGACAUCGAUUGUAUGAACGGGAAGGCUUAUUCGAGCGACAUCACCGGUAAUCGAAUAAUCGAGUUAACGUACAACGGGUCGAUGGCCGAGACGUUCUUGCCGAAAGUUAGCAGUCCCGAGGGACUGACGGUCGAUUGGGUCUCGAGAAAUAUUUUCUGGACCGACUCGGGUAAAACGACUGUCGAGGUAGCCAAUCUCGAGACGAAGAAGCGGAAGGUCCUCGUUUCGGACGGACUGGUCAAUCCUAGAGGAAUAGCCGUACAUCCGUAUCGUGGGAAGAUAUUUUGGUCCGACUGGAACCGUGCGUCACCGAAAUUGGAGUGGGCCAACGAGGAUGGUACCGAUCGUGCAAUCUUCCUUCAAGGGGAUUACGUGAAGUUACCGAAUUCAUUAAGUAUCGAUUGGGCGAUGGAUGAGCUGUGCUGGUCGGACGCUGGAACGUUUACGAUAAGCUGCAUGGAGAUCGAUAGCAGGAAAAUUAACGUAGUCGCCAACGAGCUCACCUAUCCGUUUGGUCUAGCGAUUUCGCAGCAAAAUUAUUAUUGGACCGACUGGAAAACUCACAAAAUCGAAGUUGCCAUGAAGAGCACUGGGGACAGGAAGACGGCCAUAUCAGUACCACCAGGGGGAAGCGGUAAAUUAUAUGGAAUAGUCGUCGUUCCUGAAUCGUGCCCGAGAGUAACCAACGCCUGUCAAUUCGAGAAUGGAAGGUGUAACAAGGAUCAGCUGUGUCUACCAAACGGUCAAAACGGUAGAACGUGUGUGUGCGCGGAUGACGCGACAGAGCCUUGCACCGACACGCAGUAGUGGUGAUAGUUGGUUAUCAAAAAUUCAGAAGGCAGCACAAGGCUCGAAAGGUCGAAACGAAGGAAAUUUUGGUAUUUGACCACUCGUGUUGCAUCAGGAUCGCCUCUUAGAUUAUGUGUAAAUUAUAAUAUUAUUACUUUGUAUGAUUAGUUUUUAUCGUCUACGUUUUCGAGUAACACAAUCUUUUGUAUCUAAUUCGGAAUCUACAGCACGAAGCUGGUCAUAUUAUAAUGAUGCGGCUCGAUGACGCGUUAUUUAAUGAAAAUAAAACAGUAAAAUAAGAAAUACA